CUUUAAUGUUUUGUAAAUAGAUCGACUUUUCAUUCUGUGUUUGAAAUUGGAAUGUUAUCACCAGAUCUUUGAAGAUGGAUUUGACUAAAACUAAAUUAUCUAAGAACCUCGCUCGAACGUUAGAAAAAGAUGUAAAAAGCUUUUCUGAUAAUCUCACGGAGAUGACAGGUUCACUCCCACCAAAUCUCCUUCAGUCGAAGCUUUUGUUACAUUCCGAUCUUCCAUCACCGUCAUGUGAUCUUGGACAAAAGCUGUUAAAUGAACUCCUCCAUCCACAAGCAUCUGAUAUUGUACUGAAGGCAGAGAACGAAUGCUUUCUUUGUCACAAAGAAGUUUUGAUGACAAGAUGUAGUUAUUUCAAAGCAAUGUUUCAAAAUACAUGGACUGAGAAAAACUCAAAAGAAAUAACUCUAAACAAUGUAAAGCCGGAAGCUGUGGCAGCUUUAUUAUGUUUUCUUUAUGGAGCAUCAAGUGAAUUGCAAAGAUUUUGUCCAUUGCUUGACAUUCUUCAGAUCGCAGACAUGUAUGGAAUGGCAGAAUUAACAACUGUCGCUAAAUAUCAUAUUAAAAGUGAAAUGUGUCAUUCGUUUCAUAGACCAUGUAAAGAUUGUAUAGCAAACGCACCAGAAGUAAUUCAACUUGCUUCAUUUUUUUCACUCAAUGAUUUGUUUGCCGCUUGUUUGAAAUGGAACACAAAAUAUUUCUACAAGUUAUGGCCGAAUAAAGGAUUUGCUUCAAUGCAAGUCGAUCUACGAGAAAAAUGUGUGAAAGCAGUUAUGGAUUCGUUAAAUGAUACCAAUGCAAUAAGUUUACUUAUGGAGACUGAUAAGUUUCUCAGCAGUAUUACACGAGUGCAAUGGACCAAACCGGUAGUUGCUAUGGGAACAACUUUAAUGACAUCAUGCUGUGACUACAUUGCAUUACGCUUCUUAGCAUUGGUCAGAAACAAAACACUCAUGAUAUUAUUUGAGGGUAUAGGCUGGAAAACCGAUGUUGUUGAUCGAAUAUUAACUCAGAUUAGUUCUCAACUUUCAAUAGAAAAUGUUUGUGGUUGCCAUCUUGCUGUCAGUAGAUUGAUUUAUCUUUCUGAUAAAGAGAGUUGGAACCAGGAAUUCUCAACCAUGUUACUAAACCUAAAGAUAACAGUUUGGAGUUUCCUGGUUUCGAACUAUUUUGCCGUUAUUCACACUGAAUCUUGGAAUAUGUUGUCAGCAACUGAUAAAAUGACUCUCAAGUCUGAAACUAUAUGUCAAGGAGACACGAGCAAAAAAUUAUCAAAACGUCCUGUUCUAUCAAGUUCAUUGAACAAAAACUCGGUUAAACCUUUGAAACAAACUGCACCGGUUAAAAACGAUCAGAAAAAACAGAUUGCUAAAGCAAAAGCGAAGAAUCAAAACAUGAAGUUAUCUUGCAACAAUAAAGCAACCAAUAGCAACAACACACCUUCUUGUUCUGAGUCUCGUCGCAGUGAAGCAGUUAAACUUCCAACAUUGUUGCCUCCAAUUAUUGCCAGACAAGAGUUGUUGUAUGGAUGGUUCAUUGAGGAAGUUGUUACGAAACCUAUCCCUACAUAACCUUAAGUCAUGCUGUCAUGCAAAUAAGGGAAUGGAGGCAUGGAGUGUUUACUUUGUGAUUAUUAUGUAGGAAUAGGUAAAAGUUGCACUCAAAUGUCCUACCCCAUUUUGCUAAUGUAUUGUAACCGGAUGUUGUACUGUAUCCUACUUUAUUAUAUAUUAUUUUGAACUCUGCACACUUCUAGCGCUGGGAAUUAUAAAAUAAUAUUGUCAUUCAUUAAUGCUUUGAUCUGCAAUAUUAAUGUGUAUCUGUUGAUAUACAGUUUUACAGUGAAAUUAUUUUUCAAGAGGUACCGUGAAUGUUUGAAUAAAAUUGUUUGUCAUAUUCCAUCUAUUCCAGCACAUAUUCAAAAAUUUGACAAUAGUAAAUUUUUUUUCUGUCGAAAGUUUUGAAAUUUAUUUGCAAAACAUUUUUUUAUUUGCCUUUUACUCAGAACAAGGCUCAGUAAAGACAUCUACUACCAGUCAAGGAGCUCAAUACUGUAUUUAAUAUACUGUGUACAAUCAGGUUUCAAUUCAUACCUCCUGCCUAUUAGGGCUUAAGCGGUGCAAUCAAUAUAUCAGUUCCUGAAUGAAUUAACAAACUUUUAUUCCUCAAUGUCUUUUUUUUGUUCUUUUUAUCUCUGCUCAGUAAAUGUUCCAAUGUACUAUAUGCUUGACGAAAAGCAAUUUUUCAUGAUCAAACUAAGAAUAUCUAUCAACUUUGCACUGUCUGCUUUUUUAUCAUGGUUGUAUCAUGCCAGUAAAAUUAAUAUAACUGCACCCUAUUUUUUGAAUUAAAUGUAAAAUUAUCUCGGACAUACUUCAUGCCAUUUAAGUGUUUCUUUCGAGAAUAAUAGUCUUAAUAUAAUCCAUGGUUACUUAUGUCGUAACAACUUACUCAAAUGAAACGUUAUAUUCCUGAGUCCAAGAAAUUUUACCAGGAAACUAAAAAACAAUUGAAAAUUACCUGCUAUUGUUAAAUGCAAUGCAUUGUUUCUACUGCUUGAAAUUCCAUUUUCAUUGCCUUUAAGAACCAAUCUUUAUUACCUGUCUGGUGCAGAAUGCUUCAUAUUCACUAAGACUAAAUAUUUUUUUAUUUGUGGUACUUUAUAUAAUUACUGCCCAUGCUCUUCAUAUUUAUUUGAUAUUUUUUACAUUCAUUCCUGUACUGCUACACCUUGUCACUGUGCAUGUUGAAAUUGUAUGGAAUAAAAAUGUAACGUCUGAAA